CCAGCUCAGACGUCGAAUUGCAUCAUUUCUAAAAAGAAUCCUCCUGUCUGUCCUUCUCUCCCCCAGAUCCAGCAAUAAGUGAACAUGAAUGAGGUGGUGGAGACCCUGAGGAAGAUCGAGGAGAAGUACAAGCUCUUCCAGCAGCAGCAGUUCACCUUCAUCAGAGCCCUGGAGCGCACCCGGGAGGAAGCCCAUGAUAUGAUCAGACCCGUGUCAUCCAUUGUCCAGGUGCAGUGCUACAAGGACCACCACUGCUACAACUCCACGGACAGGCGCAUCCUCAACAUGUUCAUCUCCAUCUGCAACGAGCUGCGCUGCCUCUGCCAGAGGAUGGAGACGGUGCACGCUGGGGACAGCGUCACCAAAGGCCUUUUGGAGAAGUGCAAAGUGCUCCUGAAUGACAGCAACGACCUCACUGCCCUUCGAGCCAAGUACCCCCACGGGGUUGUGAACUACCUGAGCCUGGAGGAAGCGAGGCAUCGCUAUGGAGGGGUGGUGAGCGUGCUGCCCAUCGUGCUGGACAGCAUGAGGGAAUGGGUCACACACUCCAAGAGGUACCUGCUCCCUAAUGAGACACAAUGCCAGAAGUGCAAGUAUGAAGAUCCACGUUUGGGAAAGAAAGAGCCCUGGAUCCCACCAGGGAACACCUCCUGUUAAAGGAUCAAAGCUCCUGCAUCGUCUGCUCAGCACCUUUAAGCACCUGGCUGACCUAAUACACUGCAAUGAACACUAGAGAACAGUUCUGAGCCCACUUUGUGCAGCCAGCCCAGGACACGUGCAUUGCCCUCUCCCUUGCUGAUAUUUGCUCUCUGCUCCUCACAUCCCCACAGAAGCAGCUGCAGCUCCAGCUGCUCCCUGGAGCCAGCAGUGGGAGCAGGGAAAUCAUCAGGUUCUAAUCUCUCAGACAAGUCAUUUGAAACAGGAUUUUACAUUUUCUCAGCCUUCUUCCUUAGGAACAUCCCCUCCCUGCCACAGCCAGGGGAUGAAGAACCUGCCUGUCUGAAGGAUGGGAUGCAGAGCAGCAAAGGCCUGGAAUUAUGGAUUCAGACACGUCUUUGACAUUUAGACUUGACUCUAAAGCUCUCUCAGCCCCUCAGAAACAGUUUGGUUAGCUGGACCACAGAAUCCCCGUUUACAGGACAAACUUUCCCUCCGCCCAUCAGCACCACAGGAUCCCGCCCCGCUGCCCCUUCCCGCCUCUCCCGGCCCCGUCCGGCCUCCCCGCGCCGUGGAGGGGCUGGCGGGG